UGACGUCGACCUGUGGGGCAUUGAUUAUCUCUUGCUUGCUAACAAUUAUUGGUUUAGUUGUUUCAUCUCGUAGACAUAUACAAUAGAAUAACAGUGAUAUAGUCGCUAUCGUUUGCUUAGCUGUCAUCGCCGAGAUAACAAUGCUGAAUCUAUCUGGCCUUUAAGCAGAGUGGCGUAGUUGAACAGAUAUAACUUUUAUGGAAUACGGCUGUCGGUUGCGAUGCCGCCAUUUGGAGAGAUAUGUAGGCAAGUAAGCAGGCAGAUAGAGAUUGUUUGACGUCUCUUGGCGCAGCGCCUAUUGGUACUACAGUGCUCAUAAUGGCUAAGUUUACCGUCGAUCUUCUAUCUGCUAUUGGGAGAGAGGGAAGCAAGGGGUGGUCAUCUUCAAACAAAUCCGAACUUCUUCCCUCGAUAUUUUUCUCGUUCGCUUUUGUUUCGUUCGAUAUCAUGUGUGUACAUAACGAGCUCUUGGUGGCCGCGUGCCGGCGUCUGUCGUUUCAUACUCUUCAACAGAAAACAAAUAGAAGAUAAAUUUAUUGACCUGUCGUCUGCCUACCGCUGUCUUCGUUUCGUUAUUCCCCUGUGUAUAGGUGAUUUCAUGUUAGACAAUCUCAGGACGACAGAUUAGCUCAGAGUGCGCUAUCUGUCGAUCUCACUUUUCCUCUUUUUCAUUAAUGUUACUUUUUUCGGUAGCCGGAUUAAUUUCCCUUACAAGUGAACAUUAGAUUGUGUCAAAUUGCUCCCUGAUGACAGAAGUCAUCCUCUUACAGCUAACGUGUUUCAUAUUUGCUAGCUUGCAGAUAACUUGAAGUUCGGCUAUUGACAAUUAUCUAGGCUAAAGAAAGAUGCCCUACGGAAUAUUGCUAGGUGCCAACGGCGCAGAUGUAGUGGUCGUGCCGUUGUGUAAACACCCGGAGUUCGAUCGCAUCAAAACAAUGGGAACGGAUCAGUGAGCGACAGCGUCAGGCUAUUCACGACGACUACAUUAUCGGUACCGAUAUCCGGAAGAGUCGGGUGUUGUUUCAGGUUCAGUAACAACAACAGCAGCAGCAGCAGCAGCAGCAGCAGCAGCGUGGAAAGGGCAGUACGCUGCGGGUUAUAACCGUUACAAGCCAUUAAAGAAGGGCGUGUGCUUCUCUAUGCCUGACGACGUCAACCGUGACGAUUUGGGUGGAUGGGCUUGACUGAAGUGGACAAGCUCUCCUGAGCCGAGAGUAACGGGCUAAAGGCCAAGUGUUGUGCUUUAGCCAGCUGAAACACGCGCUUGUCUGAACUGAGAAGCAAAUAGUUCGUAUUCAUGACCGCGUGGUACCGCCAAGUGCAAUUUCUUCUCGCUGUCGUUAUGAUCUUCAGUUUCGUUGCUACCGUUGCAGUGGCAGCGGGAGUCUGCAGUGAAGAGGCUCAUUGACUAGAAGGUAAGUUUUCUUACGGCCAGGUGGCCUCAAUGUGUUGCUGCCGCGGCGUGGCGUUCGCUAUGUGCCUUUUUGUUUCUGCGGGCCCUUUGUCCCCCUUUUGCGUGUUGCUUGUUGCGUUCGGUCUCUUAAAGCAGGACUCAAGUUGAGGGCCUGUUGACUAGAGUACUUCGUUAAUUGGUUAUCAUCGCGUGCAUGUUGUUGCCAGUAACAAAAAAGGUGAUUGCUAAAAAUCGGCCUCGUCGGCAUCCACUGGCAGUGUUGAUGUUAAGCACCAAGCGGAGUGGCCACCACCAUGUGAAGGGUCCUUCAGGCGCCGGUUGUUUGGCAGACCAUCUGGGCAGGAACAUUAGCCAGGCUGACGGAGGACCAAGGGCGGAGGGUGCUGGUGGAUGGACAAUCACGAUUGCGAUCUUACUCAACUCAUUAACGCUACUUACAAUUACAGCUGUUGCUGAGAUGCUCUUGCGCACGUGAGUGCAGCGCGGGGUAGCUUUGCUGUUGUCGGAAGUACAACGUAGAGUGACAAUGUAAGUGCUACUUUCAUGUUACAUCAACUUAAGUGCAGCCAAGUAUAGCGGACAGAGGGAGAGAUGAAUGCUCAGUGAGUGAGUAAGUGCACAAUGAUCUCAGAGGAUUAUGGCAACAACUCCGGCAGCAAUAUAAACAAACAGGGACUAUCACUAUUACGAUGAUGGUACACUAACAACAACACGUAAAAAACAGUGUGUCAGUGAACAAGUGUUCCGCAUCGGCGCCGGCUUCGUCGCCAUUAUCGCUCCGCGCCAUGUUUACGCCCUCAGCGUCGUUCAAUGUCAAGGAUCUUUUGUCAUACCCUAUGGAGGCUGCUGAUCCGUUGAGCGGUGCCUCGUUGCCACAUGGCUUGCCUCCGUACCAAAGCUGCUAUACACCUGGAACUCAUUCACCGCCUGGCCAAACCCAUGCACCGCAGACGUGGAUUCCACAGACGCAAUUCGGCUGGUCAACAGAAUACAAGGGGUACACGCAUCCUAUAGAAGAUCCGUUAACGGGCCACGAGCUUCCUCUGGAGCGUUUAGAGGCGUCGUCGCAUGAGGAACUUGGCCAAGGGAUCAAGGACGAAGUAGAAGAUGAUAGUCAGCAGCAUCGCAAAACGAAGCGAAAACCGCGUAUUUUGUUCACACAAGCACAAGUGCAUCAACUGGAACAGCGUUUUAAACAACAGAAAUAUUUGACGGCACAGGAGCGCGAGCUUCUGGCACAAGCUCUAAAACUGACAUCAACCCAGGUGAAGAUAUGGUUUCAGAAUAGACGUUACAAAAGUAAAAAACAACGUGAAAGUCAACAGAUUGCUUCAGGAAGACAACAGUUCCCUCGCAAGGUGACAAUUCCUGUUUUGGUCCGGGACGGUCGACCGGCUUCUCCUGGCGGCCCCAUACAAGAUUACGGAUAUCCCGAACUAUCAUCAACCGUGAUACUUCCGCCACCUUCAUGUCAUCCCGACGGGAUGAUCUUUGGAGUAGGUGUGGCGCAUCCUCACCCUGGACCAACCGGAGACCCACGAUGGGGAGCACCACAGCCGUCCAGCUCGCAGAGGCCCCCGCCACCUCCACCAAUGUUUCAGCAGGAUCCAGCUGGUUAUGCGACGCCGGUCAGCGCUCAUUUUAUGGCUGGGCCGCCAACUGGUCUCGAACCUCAUCCGCUUGCUCCACCUCCACCGCCGGUACCACCGCAAAAUAACGCUUCUUUAUGAGUGGCCAAUUAGCCAGUCUUUUCAACUCAAGUUUGUCAACAUAACUACUGUGGGCGGAUAAAAACUUCCAAGUUGGGUUUACAAAAACACUUGAACGGAGGCACGCUACGACAUGAGAGUUUAUAGUUAUAGGUCCACCCUUUCUAAUUGCAAGUUUUUUUUCCCUGCAAUCCAUUCCUUGUACAUUGAAGAUGUUCCCAUUUAAUAGAAUGAAUAUACCAUGCUAAACGACUAUUUAUACGACUGAAUGAAAAUCGUAUCUAUUAUUAUUACUGCACAUAUUUAGGCGCGUUGUACUUAGAUUACGAUUGUAGGGGAAAAAGGAUCAUAAUAUGUUAAUAAGCGACUGGUGUGGGUUACAAGGAGAGCAUUUAUACUAUAUGGCUCAUGUAUAUUCAGCUCCAUGCUGAAACUAAAGGCUGAAAUUAAAAUAGUGCAUAUGUUUUUUUGUAUCAUAAAACAGUAGUGUAGAUUACAUUUGUCAGUCCAAGCAAGGUUAGUAACUGGUAAUUCGUGCCUUCAGGACGCGAAGGUAAUAUUAAAAAGGGCAACACGCACAUUUAAUUUUGGCAUUGACGGACGAAUAGGAUUCAUUCAAAGACCGUCGCGCCAUCGAGCUAUUGUAAUAUGCCUAAUUACUGUUAUGAAUGAUUUACCUAUUUUAAUCUUGGGCACUUUGUUUAAACUAUUAUUAAAUUUAUUAUAAAAACACCAUCGCCAUUUCUACAUAGAAGUGAAACAAACGUUAAAGCAUCAAAUCUCAAACAUCCACCAUUGAAACAACAUAACAUCAGACAAAACACGCACGCAACUAGGCCUACAUCUAUAUAUAUAUAUGGAAGUAUUAGAUGGUGGAAAAUGUCUACAUGUGCAUUUUGGACUUCGGUACGUACGUAUUAAUACUCAGCACGCUGAUUCACCGCAUUGAAAUGCCUACACUAGUAAGGCGUAUAUUACGUUUAUUGUACCUUUUAGACUUUGUCGAACAAAGUGUAUCCACCAUAAAGAUGAAGUUCCUAGACUGACGUUCCUUUUUACGUACAGCUUACCAAAGAGCGUUGUAAAAAUAACCAGCUGCAAACUUUUAAAUAGCACGUAUUUUAUCAACGGUUGCAUAAUGCAUACCGGAAAACCGUGGGACCGUCGGUUACAAUAUUAUAUUUGUGAGAUUCUAAGAAAACUGUAUGCAAUACUAUGCUAUUAAGUGAAAGCUUUCUUAAAAUAAAGCCAUACAAAUUGGUCGUUUUUUUUUUUUAAAUUAAGCUGCUAUAUUGAACGUUUUACCCGCUGAUACGGAUAUCAAUUUACUUGAAGGACCCUUUUCCCCACCUAAUUCUAGGGCCUCCUAAUUUCUAAAGAGGAUGCUUAUUUUUUUUGAGUUAGUUUGUACACGAACAGACAUGUACAUAUGCGACGCAUGUAAUAUUAAUUUCCUAAUCAGUAUAGUCGGCUUCGGUGAGUGGUAUUACUGUUUAUUGCUGGAGGGAAAAUCCAUUUAUUAAUAUAGUACCUUGUUUACACAUAUUCUUCUGUACUAUUAUCGCAUUGAAAUAGUGUACAGUGUACAUACAAUGAAAUAAUAAUACGCAUCCCAGAUCUCACUACCAUGAAACAAAUAUACGUUCAUUUAACUAAAGUGGAAUCAUAAUAUAUAAAGUAGCUUUUUUCUUUCAAAUAAAGUGGAACUAUUAGUAAGUACGUGACUGUUCAUUUUAGUAUCUCCCGAUCACUGUUGAACUUUUGAAGGUGAAGAUCAUGCUUCCAGAAUUCACGGAAUAUCUCGGCCUAAAUUAAGGAUUAGGUUUUUAUUGUCUGAUAUUUUAGGAGUUGUUACCAUCAGCGAGUAGGGGUUUGCAUUGUAGACGCUAUAUCUAAAAACAGACAACUUUAGCCGACAAAAUUUUCUAUGACGGGGCUGAAAGGUAUCCCUUGCACGCGCAUUUGCAAUACCAACAGGCUUUACGAAAGCUGCAAUACCGAAUCAAAUUCAGUUCCAUAUAGGAGUGAGGAUAAAGAUAA